CUUAGUUCUAGUUCUUGGCGCCAAAGAAGCCCAGUAUGGAUGAACCACCCCCUUACCUGACGCCACCUUCUACGGCAUCGUCUAGAUCGGACCCUAGGCCCUCGCGCAGCGAUGCCAGCAUUUCUCGCUCACGUAGCGGGCGCGAGAAACUGCGGGCUUCUGCUGAGGCCAUGCUCCGUGACUCCCUCGCACGGCGCACCGCGCCUUCAACGAUUUCCGAUCAACCAUGGUCCAGUGCAGAGCCAACCCCAUCCAGCACCGCAAACAACACUGCGGUGCGCGAAACUGAGCCGCCGAGUGAAGCGUGGGAGGCCGAUUCAGCGGCCCGCCGCAUUAGCUUUGCGGAAGAUCCGGCCAUGUUGGCGGCCAUGACUAGCGCUGCUGACCGAGCCCGACUUGCCGCGUCCUUGCGCUUGCCAGCAUCUGGUUCCGUCAUGACCACUACGCGCACUCGUGAGCGCCUGCGUCAAGCAGAGGCCGAGCGUGACGAGGCGCUCCGUGCCCACGAAAUCGAGCGCAGGAUCGCAGAACGUCUCAAGCGCGAAGGCGAAGUCGGACCCUCGGCAACAGAGGCCGAGUUGCGCAUCCUCCGGUUCAAGUAUGAUGCUAUGAAAGCCGCUGCCCAGAUGACGGAGCCGCCGCCGGCAGGCCUGUUUAAGACCGCUUGCUCCACCGACUUGAUGUUCCUCAUCGACACAACCAGUUCCAUGUCCCCGUACAUCGAGGCCGCCAAGAACCAAGUCAGGAGCAUUGUCGACGACAUCAAGGUCGCCUUCCUCAACGAGGCAGAUGUGUGUGUGGGCAUCGUCAGCUACAAGGACCACGGUGAUGAUCCCAACAUCGAAUUCCUCGAUUUCACUCCCGACGUUGAUAAAGUCCACGUCUUUCUCAGCAACCUAAAAGCUCGCGGCGGCCGUGAUUUGCCCGAAGACGUCCUCGGUGGGCUCCAGCAGGCCCUCAACGCCUCCUGGAGGCACCAGACCCGAUGCAUCAUCCAUAUUGCCGACGCCCCCCCUCACGGAACAGCACUGCACGACAUGGGAUCCGACAGAGACGACUACCCAGGUACCGGAAGCGAGCCUCAUGGCCUCACCCACGAGCCGCUUCUCCAAAGGAUGCUUUCGCUCAAGAUCAACUAUGCUCUCCUCCGUAUUACGCACGCUACCGACAAGAUGGCCUACGUCUUCCUGAAGGCCUAUGCACAAGCCGCACCCGAGGGCAAGCUGGAUCCCUCCAACAAGUACUACCGGGACGCCCAAACCCUGACAGCGACGGUUACAGCGACGCGGGUUCCUGCUGGUAGCAGCCGGGCCGGGGGAGGGGGGCCCUGCUUUGAAGAGACCAAGCUGGGCACCACGUACAGCGCGCUGCGGCAUCUUGUUGUCCAGCGGGUGACCAUGUCCGCCUCCCGCACUGCGGUUCGCAUGUCGGCGGCGCGCGGGCCACGCAGGACUGGGGAUAACACGGCGGCGAGGACUCUGGUGUCCAUCUCCGAAGGCGACGAUCCUACCGGGGUGGAACUCGAGACGACGGCGCCGCGGUGGCAUGACGCGGACUGGCUCGAUGAAGUCGUGACGGUAAAAGCCUACUCGACCGAUGUGGCGAUGCAGCACUGCGCCGGCACGCUCGACAGCAUGAUGGCGCACGACGACAACAUCAAGAUCAGCACCACCGAGCUCACCAUCCGCAAGCGCUCCCAGCCGUUUGCCCAGGGAGCCAUGCGCCUCGCUGCCUACGCCCAGACUUGUGCCUCCACCAACCAGCUCGUCGUCAAGUCGUACAAGCGCGACGGCAAGCGCCUCGCCGACCUCGCCGAGGAUAUGCGCUGCCAGGCCCUGUGCAAAGCCUUCGCGCUCGAGUUCAACUCCAUGCUUGGCGAGCGAUACUCGGUCGACUUCGUCGUCGUGACUUGUCUGGAGCCUAAAUCCAGCGCCGACUUCAACGGGGAGUGCAUGUCGCUCGAGCCGCUCCUCCAGGGCGACUAUGUCAAGUACAAUAGCAACUGUGGCUACGUGUACAAUGAACAUCCCGACGACCCCUUUCACCAUGCCGCCCAGGCCUUCUCCCAUUUUUCUUUCGAGCGCUCGCGCGGGGCCUUCCUUGUCGCCGACCUCCAGGGAGUGAACCACGUCCUGACCGAUCCGGUCAUCCACACCCGCGACCCCAACCGCUUCCGCCUCUCGGACGGAAACCUCGGCGACGAAGGCGUGAAAUUCUUCUUCGCCACGCACGAGUGCAACCCCGUCUGCCGCAAACUCGGCCUGAAGAGCAGCGCGGCCAUGAUCAUGUCGGGCAGUCUCGAGUUCCGCACUUCGUGGCCGACGAACUCCUCGUCCGGCAGCUCCGGCAUGGCAUGCUGCUGCUCCAACAAGCUCUGCAGCCGCAUCGUGCGCCUCGCCAAGGCCCAGACUUCGCCCGAGUUUGCAGGGUACUAUUGGUGCGACACGUGCUGGCCGCAGCUGCGCUCGUCCACGGUCAAGUUCAUCUGCAUCGCUCCGAAUGUGCCGCAUCACGAGUUUGACCUCUCGCGCUUCUUUUACGAGUCCCAGGGGCGCAUCAUGCCGCGUCGGUGUCCCGAGCAUCGCGCUGGCGCGGAUUUCAUGUCGAGAACGGCCGCCGUAGGGCUACACGUGGCGUCGCGAAGGUCGAGGGGUGGCGAGCAGUCGGCUACCAGCGGGGGUAUCGCGAGACACAUCACAGGUGGUGUAUCCAUCUUUAGUCCCAGGACAGAUACUCAAGGAGGGGUAUCCUAAUAGCUUUCUUUUUCGAUGUAAGCAAUUUUUUUUGGGCUCGGCCCACGGCAGUUGGAUUGAAUGAGGUACGGCACGGCAUCCAGUAAUUUCUCAACAUCCUAAAAAUUAGGAGCCUCCAAUUGGUACCCUGUCACAGAAUGAUAUGACUUGAUCAAUACAACACACCAAGAAGCGGGGAUUCGGAAUCACCAAUACGUAAUAGUGGCUUACGGGGAGCGGAGGGGUGGGUUUGGAUUUGGGUGGCUAGAUCCCGACGGCUGCUCACAGGAAGCGGCCCAGUCUCGCUCCCUAUUACUUCUCCUCCCAUCCAUGAAGCAAUGGGCGGGUAGGAAGCGAGAUUUGCGC